AUUAUUGUAAAUAAUUAUAUCUUAUGAUUUCUUAGCAAUGGUAAGACAUUUUUAAGACUCUAACCUUCGUAAGAAGGUAUGCUGUAUACGAACUGAACGACCGCGCUUCACAACAAAAACAUGGCCACAUGAGUUGGAUUAUUCCGCAGCCCAACAUCAAUUUCAAUCGGUGAUAUUGUUUCUCAUGCAGUCGAAUAUCUGAGAGCUCAUUGCAACAAUGGAUUCCAAAAAUCCAAUCCUGAGAAACGCUUUACAGCGAUUAUGUCCCUCAUGUAAUAUUAUCGUGAACAUUAAUCAACAUGUCUGCAAGUGUGGCUAUAGGCUUUUUGAUGCCAAACGUAAAGCUCAGCCGGAAAGCCAGGCUCAGGCAAAUAUCAAGAGAUCAGAAAAAAAAAAACAUAUACCUGUUGUACAUGAUGAGUUGCAUAAAAGUGUGCAAGAUUUACAACACCAAAAGAAAUUGAAGGAGAUUGAAGAGGAGAUAACAAGGCUUCGAGCAAUUUAUGAUUCCCAAAAUAACAACCCAAAAAGGCGGACAAUUAUGUACACUGGCACUUCGUCUAGAAAAAGCAGAGCUUUAGGCACACCAUCAAAUCCUUUCCCUUGCAGUCAUGAAGUAAUGAAGCCUCCAGUUUCUGUUGUAGACGUUAUACCCCAAAAUAUCAAUGGUAUGUUAUCUAAUUAUUUUAGAGAGAUACAAAUAUAAAUGCAUUGCCAUAGUAACCAAGGACUAAGUUGC